AUGUCAAAUUCCAAAGACGGAGAGGCUGGACGUGGUGGUCAGGGUGGCAAAGGAGGAGGCGGUGGAGGUGGUGGAGGCGGAGGCGGAGGAGGAGGAUCAGGCGGCCAAGGUGGUAAAGGUGGCGGCGAAAGUUGUGCAAGAAAGAAAGAUUCUCAUUGCAAUGAAACUGAAAAUGGUAAAGUUUGCACAAACGAAAAACACGAUGAUUGCUGUGACAAGGGCAAGAACAAGAAUGGCAAAGAUGGUGAAGAUGGACAAGAUGGAAAAGGUGGAAAAGGUGGACAGGGUGGACAAGGUGGUAGCGGUGGCAACUCCAAAUGA